UUCAAAUAAUCAGAAAUACAAGAAUUUUUUAAUAACAAUUUUGUACCGUGCAAAUCGUGCGGAAUAUUUCAGCAUAAUGAUCUACUAAUUUACAUUAUUAAAAAUAUUAAUACAUCAACUCCUACAGGCGUCAAGGUACUGCCAUAUCUAAUAAGAAAACGAAUAGUCGACAAUCAACAAAUGGUUUGAAAAUAGUACAAGUGAUCAUAGAUGUUUCUAAGUUUACAAAGUACGUCCCAAAACGAAAUGUGAGUUAAUUACUUUCCAAUAUCAUGAUGAAUCAAUAAAAUGGAUUUAGAAUAUAAUAUUGUAUAUUAUACGAUGGUAAAAUUGAAUUCAACGGAACUUGCAAGAAAUUGAUGCGGCGGCAAUGACCGACUUACUUGCCAACAAUGAAAUUCAAAGUACUCGUAUUUACGAACACCAGAAGGUUGAUAAUAUCAUCAUUAAUAACAACAAUAACAAUAACAAUAACAAUAAUAGUAAAAACAAUAAAGUUGUUAUUUUCAUUGAAAAUGAGUUUGUUAAUGAUGUCAAAUUCGAAGAAGCAAGGUAUUUACAUAAAAAAUUUAAAAAGAUUGCCACUAGCACAGAUAUAGAGCAAGCAAAUGAAAACUUUCGUGAUACUGUUAUACCUCAAUGUACAUCCAUCGCAGAAACCGAAAAUGAGAUUGAAUCUAAUCCAAGCAUUGGUUUCAAGCCACUUAACGUGUUGCGCAAAUCUACUUAUAGUUGUCCUUAUUGUAAAUUGUCUUGUGCAAAGCCCAGUGUUUUGCAGAAGCAUAUCAGAGCACAUACGAAUGAGAGACCUUAUCCUUGCAUGACUUGUGGAUUUGCUUUUAAGACCAACUCAAAUCUUUAUAAACACUGCAGAUCUCGAGCUCAUGCUUUGAAAAUAGAAAGUUCUGAACUUCAGGUGCAGUCUGAAUCUUCCGUGUUAUAUUCACCGAUAGCUUACGAUCAAACACAAGUUUCAAAUUCACCUCAGCCAUCAGAUGAUUCAGAUGUAAGCCUCUCGGAUAGCUCGAGUACGAAUAGUAGUAGUACUCAUACACCUCCACCUUGUGCCCAAACUAUGAGACCAAAUCGUAUUUAUAAACCUAAAUUUCACACAGUUUUACAACAAUGUAAAACUGAUAUUAUAAAUCAAUUAGAGGAAACCAGUCGUGAACAUAUUCAGCAAAGUAUGGAUUUUAUCACAGAUAAAACUAAAAGCCUGAUUGGAACUAUCAAUCACCGAUCGCAGAAAUUGCUACAACGUUAUCAUAGAGAGCCUUCAAAAAGUUUUGAGAUUGACGCUGAAUCUCGUAAAAGAACUCGUAGUGAAGGUUCUGAGUUACCAAUAUCUGAGAAUGUAGAAUCAAUUAACAAAUAUGAAAAUCUUCAGACAACUUUACCACUUGCAUCGCCAGGGCCUCUUCUUGGUAGCACUCACCUCAUUGAUCAACCGAAGCGCGCCCGCUUUGAGUCAAACAUGGAUUCUUCCAAUAAAUAUACGUAUCAGUCACGAAUGAAUGCUUUGCAAAUGUUUGGAGGUGAAGUUCGAAUUAUUGCAGCAAGCGGAGAGACAAAAACUAUGCGCGUUCAAACUAGACUACACCAGAAAUCAAGUGACGAACAAUUUGACAAUCCAAUUGCGAUGAACAAAUUGAAUUUUCUCAUUCCCGAAACCGCAUCAGUUGUUGUACGAUCAGGUUUACAAUCAGGAGGGACAAUGUUACGUAAACAAACACAGCAUCAAUCAACGCUUUUCGAUUCAUUAGACAUCGGCCAAAUGACAGAUUUCGCAAGCAUUAUACCGCGUGUCGAAGCUCCUAAGUUCACUUCUAACCUUGAAACUGUCCAUCUUAAACCAACAAAUAUUAUACAUGCAGGACGCUUAAUACCAUUUGUACCAGGUAUACCGGGCCCGCAAAAUCUAUUUUCAUUAACAACUAAGAAAGACGAGUUUAAUUCACCUUCUUUAACAAAUAGUGGACACUCUUCGACUUCUCAAAUACUUGCUAUCAAUGUAAAUUCUGUUAUUAAUCGUGAUACCACUGUCAGCAAGUUUGUACGACCUAGUACGCUGCCUUUAAAACCAGGCACCUUUACACCCAAGCGUCAUCAUGGAAUCACUCCUACAACUAAUACGUUGGUCCUUAUAAGUCCUGAAACACCGCGACCAAAAAAAUCAUACGGGCAACUUUUUCUUAAUGGUCAUGCAUACACCUAUUUAGGAUUGAAGUGUUCAACGCGUCUGUUUUAUUGUACACUUAACAAACCUCAACCUAUGUACGUACUUCAACAACAAGGUCUUUCUAUGUACUCUAAUUGGAAAAUUUGCAAAGAAACGUCGCCAGAACUCGAACUUCAGUACUAUGAUUCUCGUAAUCGGCCUUAUAAUUAUACUCUUGCCAGUAGCUACUAUCAAGAUAUAAUAACACAUUCUUCUCAGCAACCAACUACGCCUACCAGUCCAGAUAGUGGUCUUGAAAGUGACACACAAGAUAAAACUAAACGUAUUCGGAUUUUUGAUGGUGGCUUUGAAAGUAAUGAAGAUUAUACCUACAUACGUGGUAGAGGUCGAGGUAGAUAUGUAUGUGAAGAAUGUGGAAUUCGCUGCAAGAAACCUUCGAUGCUUAAAAAACACAUUAGAACUCACACCGACGUUCGUCCAUAUACCUGCAAAUAUUGUGCUUUUAGCUUCAAAACUAAGGGAAACUUAACAAAGCAUAUGAAAUCGAAAGCUCACUACAAAAAAUGUAUAGAAUUGAGAAUAACGCCGGUACCAACAAGUGUAUGCGACGAAAACAUAGAUAAAGAGGCUCUAGAUAAGUUAGUAUUAACUGGUGCAUCGAUAGAUGACACAUCAUCUUCUGAGGAUGAAAGUGAAGCUGAUGCAGAAGGUGAGAGCGAUGAAUCUGGCAAUGAAGAACAUGAAGCAGCGCAAAGCUUGCUAAGAUUGGCAGCGCGUCCUCGACCAAAUAAUUUUCUAUUUGCAUCAAAAAAUAAAAAAUUACUAGGGUUACUCUCUUCAAAUCGUCCAGUUGCUUAUCCAUACAAUAAAUUACAGUUCAAUGUAAUAAAUUGCGCUGGUGACAAAAUAAAGUGUUCAAUUGGUACUCAAACUGCUAUUGAUCUCACAACUACUAAAACGACGCAACAAUUAUCUGAUCAACAAAGUACAGCAGAAAUACUGAGUGGUCCAGUUUCAGGCUCCAAGCUUUUAAGAACACUUGUACAAAGUAUGGAAAGAUUACCAAUUAAAAACUGUAACUGGCAAGUUUCUGAGGUCACCCAAGAUCAAAUGUUCAGAGCAUACCUUACUGAACGCCACCUUAUGAAUAGUAAACUCAAACAACAAUAUCGUACUACAGUACCUUCCAUCAAAUCAGUUAUUUCAGAGCUUCGGUUUAGCAGGGAGCAUAAAAAAACAGAGGUUCAUCACGAGAGUUAUGAACUCAAAUCACUUCACCAGGUUAAUUUAGACUCAAUUUUACCGGCUCGAAAAGUCGUAGUUAAUAAAAUGGGUUUCACGUCUUCUUUACCGCAUAAACCAAACACUGAACUUUUUCAAUCAAGUCUUGCUGAAGAAGCUAAAAAUGUUUGUGGUGUUUGUAGUAAGGUUUUUAGUAAACCAAGCCAACUCAGACUUCAUAUUAACAUCCAUUAUUUUGAGCGACCUUUCCGUUGCGAAAGCUGCGGCACGUCUUUUCGCACUAAAGGUCAUUUAACGAAACAUGAACGAUCGACUUUGCAUCAAAAUAAGGUAAACAUGACAUCAACGUUCGGUGCUGCAACGGCUAGUAAUCCUCGCCCCUUCAAAUGUAUUGAUUGUAAGUCAGCUUUUCGAAUUCAUGGUCACUUAGCUAAGCAUCUUCGUAGUAAAAUGCAUAUAAUGAAGCUAGAAUGCUUAAGAAAAUUGCCUUUUGGUACUUAUGCAGAAAUGGAAAAAUCUGGUAUAAAUUUGAAUGAUAUUGAUACUACUGACUGUGAUACUAGUCUUUCUAGCCUUCAAAUAAUGGCACAAACGCUGUAUAAAAAACAGCCCAAUCAAAUAAAUCACUGUCAAUCUAGUACAAUUGUCUCGAUAUCAAAUAAUGUGUCAGAACAAACUUCAAUUUUAUCUGCAAAAAGUAGUGAAGCUAGUGAAAGCUCUUCUGAUGAAGGAGGAAAAGACUCUACAGCAUUAAUUCAAUCUGAAAUUAAUUAUCCAUGUUUUUUAAUAAACACAUGCCAGUCAAACAGGUCAAACGAAACAAGUUCACAAAAUAGUAAAAUAAAUUAUCAAUGUCACAUUUGCACGACAUCUUUAUCCAAUUUGGAUGAUCUGAAAUCACAUUGUUUUGAAGAACAUCGCAUGAAAUCAAGUAUUACCUCACAACUUUUCUGUAAUAAUGCUCCUGAAUUUUCAAAGAAACUUGAAAGUAGAAUCAUAAACAAAGAAAAUACUCAACGACUACCAAUUAUUAGUGGACCUACGAUAAAAAAAGAUAUCUAGGCUAAAAAUACAAUUCCUAUUUAGUGCCAAAUCGUAUAAUUUUAUUGUUAAUUUGUUAACAUUAGUAACACUUGGCUCAUUAAAUUAGCAGAAAACUCAACGAUUUUUAAAAACUAGAAUGUUAAUCUACGUGAAUUUCAUGAGAUAAGAGAUCUUUUUUAUAAAACAUUCUUUGAUAUUCUGUAGUGUUAUUAUGUUAUUGUAUAAGUUGUAAAAACGUUAUUUCGAAAAUGAAAUUUCACAUUAUGUUUGGAUGGUUGUUAUUUGGGCUUAAUUCUUUCUUUCAAGUCAUUAUUUCAGAACAUGUAUGAAAUUUUAUGAGAUACUGAGUGACUUUUUCUAAUUUAAAAUUGUUUUAAAUUAUCUGAGAAAACAAAGAAAAAUUAUUAAGUGUUUUUUUAAUUAAGUAUUUUAAAUAUUUCAUACCCUGAUCUACACGAAUUUGUACAAGAACAUGUCACGAUGCUCUGUUUGGAAUGUAUAGACAUCUAAAAAUAAUAUACUACCGAUCUGAACUCUUUAAAAAUUAUGUAUAAGUUUAUAUAGUAAUAUUUUACAUAACUUUAAACAUAAGUAAAUCAUGUUUAGAAACAUGUGCAAUAAGUAGAAAUAAGUAAAUCAUCAAGUAAAUGUUCAUCGAUCAGUGAAUCGUCUAUAUUUGUUUAAUGUUUGUAUUUUUUAAAUUAAAAUUUCUUUCAUCAUCAGUUUCUUGAUUGACUUGUCAAAUAUAUCUAUCCCAAAUAUUACAAAUUUAUUUUAAUCUUUUAAUUAAUAGAUUAUUAAUUUGAAUUUUCGAUUUAUAUAAAUAAUAUCUUUAUGAUCUUGAUAUGCUUGCUUACAUAUUUCAAAAAAUCUUCAAUAUUUUUCAUAUCAUCAUUCGUUCAUGCAAGUAAUUAUAGAAAUUGUAUAAAUUGUAAGAGUUUUAAAAUAAUGUAAAUUGUAAAAAAGUUUUAGAAUAACGUUAUAAUAAACCACCGAUAUCAGCGCAUACAUCUGUACCAUGACUACACUGAUUCGCUAAUUAUCUACAGAAUUUUUUAGUAAAAUUAAACAUUUUUUAUUCGAGAAUCCAGAUUUUUAUUCUAAUUCGAUUUCAUAUUGCUGGAGCGCUUUCAUUCAUUUAUUUUUAUCUAUUAUAAAAAAACAAUUAUCUCAUGAAAUUUAAUGUGGAAUAAAUUUAAUCAAUAAUGAUUCCUAAUCAAAUGAAAUAAUAAAAAAUUAAUUACAUAAUUAUUCGAAAGCUAUCGAUUUUUUGUUCGUUGAAUUUCUACGGGAAGGGCUACUGAUACUUUUUUUAUCGCAUCUUUUAAAAAAAGAAUCAAUAUAAUAAUAUUAUUUAUAGUUCUUAUUAUAACUUAAAAAAAAAUUUUAAGUCGACUUAUUUUAGAGCCUGUAGAUUAGUAUGAAAAAAUUAACAUAAGUUAUUUGUUUAUCACAAUAUCCUUAUUUUGAUGAUAUAAAAAGGACAAGAUCGUACUCCAAAUUACCAUGGUAUUUUUGAUUAAAUUUUGUAGUACCAUUUUAUUGCAAUUUAUUAUUGUACACUAACUUAUAUGAGUGAAAAUUUAAAAAAUAAUUUGUGGAAUACUUAUUAAAAAACUGAACGAUUACUAUGAAGCAUGAAAUAUAUCUAUUAUUAUUAUAUCUGAAGCGUUGGAAGCACAGAAUGAUUAUACACCUUCUCAUUAUCGCAGUAAAUGUAAAUUUACCAUGUUCACAAGUAAAAAAUUUAUAGAAUUCCUACAUUUUUCGAAUUUAUUUUUAAAACUUUAUAUUUUUUAAGAAAGAUACUUUAACGCUUAUUUUCGU